AUGAAAGCAACACUGACUCGAGGGCGAGCUGGGUCCCUAGGUUCGGAUGAAACCCUUGAAGAGGGCGAUUUCACGAUGGACGAUAGUAGCAGUACAUCGACGGCUGGCCCCUUUCCUGGCACAUCGCACUGCACCGACCGCUUAACGCGUUCAUGGAACCUGGACAUCACAAACGUGUGCAAAAGUGAGGGAACUUCGCCGGCUAGUUCAACUGUUACACGUAACGUUGCCGAGCGACCUGGACAGCCCAAGCUUGCAUCUCCUGAGAGUAAAAUUGGUACUUCCAUGCCAAGUCUUCGACAUAGCCAAACUAUAAGUAACACAAGUACAUGUAUCUCUCCAGUAGGCAGCAGCAGCAUCCAACGGGAGUGGGGAAGGUCUUUUCGAUUGUUUAACACCAGCCGCUGUUUUGGGAGUACCUGUGGACUUUUGGUCCGUGAAAGCUUUCAUCACAUGCAUCGCGCCAAUUUAAUAAGCACACUUUAUGGCAAAACGUGCCUCGACAACGACCGAAGUCCUCAUGCUUCCCCACAUGUAAGGCCCAAUGGUACCUCAAGUUGUGGCUCUCCUUGCGCACCAUACUACGGACACAACCCAUCCCUGGAGAUGCUGCGUGGAUCUAGUAUCGUCUCGUUCUAUACAAACGCGACCAAUAGCCCCGCACUGACUUGCCAAGAUAUGGCAUCGUCCGUAUCGCCGCACACUCCAUUGCGGUACAUGAGUAUUCCUACAAUUCUUGUUUUGGCCAAAUACGCUACAGGAGGUGGCCAGUUGUUGGAAUCAUCACUUUCAAGGUUUCAAAAAGAGCUUCCCACUCUUUUGUCUACCCUGCGAACCUUUCUUGCAUUAAAUGGGGAAACAAUUAUUGUGAGUGACAGUGAUCACCGUGUAGAAAUCAAACGUGGAGGCUUUAUAGGAGUAGGUGGGUUUGCUAUAUUAUAUAUUGGCGUAAACACUGUUAAAGGAGAGCUUGUAGCCAUAAAGGAGAUAAAAAUGGAUGAUGUUGACGACGUCAGAGCUUUGAAAGCGGUAGAGAAGGAAUUCGCCUUGCUAAAGUCGCUUAGACAUCCGAAUAUUGUCAACUAUCACUUCUUCGAACACAGCAGGUCGCAGAGAGUCUGCCGCAUAGUCAUGGAGCUACUCGCUGGUGACUCUAUGCUGCAGCUGUUGCAGAGGUAUGGACCUUUGAAGGAAACAGUUUUACGUAAAUUGGCGCGUGAUUUGCUAUCUGCCAUCGAUUUUAUCCACAAGAAUGGUAUUUUCCAUCGUGAUAUCAAACCGGCAAAUAUCUUGAUUAGUCACCAUGGCAAGGUUAAGCUAUGCGACUUUGGCUGCGGUAAGCGCGUUUUUGAAAUCAGUAGACCCACCAGCUGCAUCAUCGGUACCCCUGUGUAUAUGUCUCCUGAAUUCAUCAAAGGGGAGGCUGAUCACAAGGCUGACAUUUGGUCCUUUGCUUGCUCACUCUUUGAAAUGGGGACUGGGUUGUUACCUUGGCACCAUUCGGGCGUGAAGGAUAACUUGCCCCUGAUGUUUUACAUCACCACCACCUCUGAAACUCCUCUGGCCUUCUUUUCACGUGGAAAUGGCUGUGAUUUUUCGCCUGAAUUCUUAAACUUUCUCGAGCUAUGUUUCACACGAAAUCCUGAAAAACGACCAGAUGCUGAGGAGUUGAUGGGCCAUCCGUGGCUCAACAACAGUGUCAGCAGCUCGACGGAUCUGACUACAGUUAUGCUAUCGGAUAGGUUGUCCCUCCCUACCUCUGCUGCUGCCGCACACGGCAUUGAUAGUGCCAUCUCUCAGUCUCGGACACUGAACGCGUUUGGCACAAAGACACCAAAACAUCGCUCCAGUGUGUUUUUCGACCGAACCUUUAAUACGGACAACUUCUCUAAUAGUGACCGAGAUGUGGAAAUCAAGUCGGCGGUCUCAACGCAGACUGGUGCACCUUUUGAAGACGAAAUCCUCUGCCAGCAUGAAUUAGAGGAGGUUGCGGCUAUCAUUACUGUGGAGCGUUGCACAAAACUGAUGGUUUCUCCAGAGUUGAGGAUACGCACUCACGACCGUGGUCUCCCAGAACUCAGUGGUGCUACUAGGGAAAACAGCUCUAUAUUACCAAGGAAUAUUUCUGUUACCCCAUCGUCACCUAGUCAGCGUGGGGUUAUCGGUGCAAGUUUAGACUUUCCGUCGUCUGUCUUUUCACCUGAGCACUCUAUUGUGCAUGAGAGUUUCCAUUUUAAUCACACCCAGCUAGGUCCCUCCGCCGGCAACUUUUUCUUGCCCAAUGACAUUCCUGAGUUCGCCUACCAACAGUAUCUGCGCAUUAAUGAUUCUGGCAACUUGGAAUUCGCGACCGUUACGGAGUAUGAUAAUGAUGUACAAAUGGAAAACAGUGUGCUUCUGCAACGGCCUACUAGUGGUGAUAUCAGUCCCUUCUCUAUAAGCCACAAUAGUCGUUUCAUUCACCCUCUACGCAGCAGCUCGCUAAGCUGGAGAAGUACUACUCCCACUACUGGGGAGCGUCAGCCUGCGUCUCCUAAGCACACAGGUUCUAUCAUUACCGUAGCUCCUCGUGGCGAGUCUCCAUUCCUGCACACCUCGAACUUGCACACUCACACGUGUCCACACAUCUCGUCACUACCUUUACUCCUUCGGUCGAAUGGGUUCGGUCCUCAUGUGUCACCUCCCCCUCCGGGAGCCCACCUAAACAAUCUCAAUGGUGAUGAACUUUCCCAGCUGCAUUCCCCGCUAUCAAUAGCUUCUCAUCGAAAAGCCCCGCUUUCCGCUCUUCACGAAAAAGUAAAGCCGCACGCGGAUGGGAAACUACAUAUGUCGUUUUGUGUCAACACUGCCCAUGGGGAUGAGAUGAACGUGGAACUGAAAGUCGAUGUUAAUAACGUGCAUUGCAAAAUGGUUGACAAUCAGCCUAACUUCUUUAUUGCCUUUAGUGAUAGUAUCAAGGAACAGAUUACCGCAAAACUAAGGGAAGCGGCACAGUCAUCCGAGGAGUUACCCCUUCCGGGUUCGAGUCGUGCCUCGACGCCCUAUCGUGCCGCUAGUCGCAGUAUGCAGUCUUCUUAG